AUGCGACAGAACUUCUCGUGUGUGGCUUUUUGGAUGCCAUGCCCGCCUGGCUGGAGCAGCAAUCUGAACAACACAUUGUGUUUUAAAUACUUUGCUAGAAACGAAUCAUGGCAAGAAUCCGAGAAGCAGUGCACAUCUUAUAAUGCCCAUCUGGCAGCAGUUAAAUCGUUGCAAGAGCUAGCUCUUCUUGCAAAGUUGUGCAGUGAACAUUCUAAUGGAUGCUGGAUUGGCGGCAGAUUACUCAAUGGAAACUGGAAAUGGUCAGACAAUACAACUUGCUCAAAUGCAUCUGUUUGUCUCACCAUGCCAGUCCAGUCUGCCUGUACCAAUAUAUCUUGCUCGAGCAGUAAUUUGACCGAUAUCUGCACGUUAAUGGUUAAUGGGACUGGGAUCACAUCUCUCUUGGCUCAAGGGUGCAAUAGCUCGCAUCCUUUUCUAUGUAUGCUUGAUUCGGGAAAUAGAUGUCAGGGUAUGCACUGCCACAAGGAAUAUCUUAUCAUUCUUGCUGUAGUUAGCGGUCUCAUCUUUUUCACCACUCUAGCUGUUGUGUUAUGGCUUCUUAUAUACAAACGUAGUAAAAGGCGUAUUAAAAGAUCUCGCAAGCAGUCCAAUACAGCAGCUGAGCUGGCAUUAGUUCCUCCAUCGUGGAAAGUGUUUACACGUGAUGAGCUAAAGUCGAUUACAAAGAAUUUCAGUGAAGGAAGUCGUCUUCUUGGUGAUGCGAAAACCGGGGGCACAUACAGCGGACUUCUACCAGAUGGUUCGAGGGUAGCGGUUAAAAGGUUGAAGAGAUCCGGUUUUCAAAGGAAAAAGGAGUUCUAUUCUGAGAUAGGAAGGGUCGCAAGAUUACAUCAUCCGAACUUAGUGGCUGUUAAAGGAUGCUGUUAUGAUCAUGGAGAUCGUUACAUUGUGUAUGAGUUUAUUGCGAACGGGCCUUUGGAUCGAUGGCUGCACCAUGUUCCCAGAGGGGGAAGGACAUUGGAUUGGGCCAUGAGAAUGAAAGUCGCGACUAGUCUUGCUCAAGGAAUCGCGUUUCUGCAUGAUAAGGUAAAGCCACAAGUGGUCCACCGAGACAUUCGCGCGACUAACGUGCUUCUGGACGAGGACUUUGGCGCGCAUCUCAUGGGAGUCGGGCUCUCUAAAUUUGUCCCGUGGGAGGUGAUGCACGAGAGGCGAGUUGUGGCUGGCGGGACUCACGGCUAUCUUGCUCCUGAAUUCGUCUACAGAAAUGAACUCACCACAAAGAGUGAUGUAUACAGCUUCGGAGUCCUUCUGCUUGAGAUUGUCAGCGGGCGUAGGCCUGCACAGGCCGUGGACUCCAUGGGCUGGCAGAGUAUAUUCGAGUGGGCCACUCCACUCGUGCAGGCCCAUCGCUAUGUGGAGCUAUUGGAUCCUCUGAUAUCGUCUUCCUCAACCUCUGUGAUUCCGGAAGGUGGGACCAUACAGAAAGUUGUCGAUCUCGUUUAUUCUUGCACGCAACACGUGCCGUCCAUGCGACCUAGGAUGUCGCAUGUUGUACACCAGCUACAGCAGUUGAUACAACCGGCUUCCUCGAAAUAA